UUGAGAAAUUCCUUCACAUUGGUUUACAACAUCACCGAAAAAGAGACCCAGGCUAACACCUGGAACCACAUCAAUGGCACAGAGGCGGACAAGUUCGAUCGCUUCUGGGUCUCGGAACUAUACAAGGGCUGGCCGGUCUAUCGCGAUCCUUCUGAAUGGAACCAUUAUCGUGAUCUCUUCGUGAAGGAGGGAGCAUUUGUGUUCACAAGUAACGGCGGACUCACCAUCGACGUUUUCAUCACUGCCUCAAUCAAGGGACGGGCGAACGGCGACUUCAUCAUGCACCGAGAGAAUGGGACACUUGUCGAUCUCAACCCAGCCACUGGUCGGGCUGUCGGUAAAAUGAAGGCAACCAUCACACAACGGUUCAACUGGGACGGAGUAGAAUUCGACGUGGAGUGCGAUUGCCACUUCAUCAACUUCUGCAUCAAAGAAGGGGGCGACUGGAAGGUGGUUUAUAUCAAAAUUAUUCCACGAGAAGGACCGCCUUCCCCCGUUGACGGCAAAACUGUGCCCAAUUUCGACCCCGAAGAAAUGAAGGAAUAUACUCCGGGAUACCAAUAUCUCUCGGUCGCACAGGCACAUCUGGGUCAUCCAAUCCUCAACGAUUUGCCAACCAUGAACAACGCAUCAUUUUACUAG